AUGCCGCGAGAAUCGUGUUGUGAAGUGCACCUCAAGCCAGCAGACGUCAUAACACAGCCAAGCAGUUCUGACAACACGACACGAGUGCAUCACUUUCAAGAAGGAUCUAAUCUCAACGACAUGAGAGUAAGGCAGUCACUGCUAAAUACAAGCAAGGAUGAAUACAACGACAUCCAAACUCAGUUAGAGAUUAACGAUGUAGAAGAAUCUCAUGAUGUAGACAGGGAGUCGUUUGAAGACUUGUGCUUAGAUACACAGGAAUCAAGCAUAGCGACACUGCUCCAUUCAAAUAUUGUGUCACCACCUAAGUCUGCAAGUUCGUGCAGUGCACGUGAAAUAAAGCUACCAGCAAUUUCAUUACCAAAAUUCAAUGGUAACUUAGCAGAAUUCAUGCACUUCCUGGAUACCUUUAAGGCAUUACUUAUUAGCAAUGAAGCCUUAACUGACGUCCAGCGAUAUUAUUAUUUAUUGUCAUGUGUGUCUGGUGCAUCUCGUAAGCUGGUUGAAAACUUACCGGUUACAGAAAGUAACUUUAAGAUUGCAUGGGAUCUGAUCGUUCAAAGGUAUAAUAAUCCCAAGUUAAUUGUUGAUUUACACGUAAAGGAACUUCUAAAUCUGCCCAACGUCAGAGUUGAAUCUGCUAAGGACUUACGAAUGUUAAUUACCAGGUAA